AGCAUCGACAAACACCUCAACAUGGCGCAAGCAGUGCAGAAACUGGUUUCCAAAGUACCUACCCUGGUUGGCGCCGCUGUCACCUAUUCCAAACCUCGGCUUGCAACCUUUUGGUACUACGCCCGUGUUGAACUUGUCCCCCCUUCACCUGCUGAGAUCCCCAAAGCCAUCGAGGGGGCCUCAAACAUCAUCAAGGGUUUCCAGACAGGACGCCUCGGUCAAACCACUGUGAAGGACGCUGUAAGGAACGGGCUGGUGGCCACAGAAGUGCUGAUGUGGUUCUACAUUGGAGAGUGUAUUGGCAAAGGAGGCAUAAUUGGCUACGAUGUCUGA